AUGCCCACCAACGGUCACGAUCAUGAAGAACUGGUGGUUUUGCCACCAAACGCCUUGGACAUGAGGACAACAGGGGGGAAUAACAACAACAAUAAUAAUAAUAAUAACAACAAUAAUCAGGCGUUCAAUGUACGGGACCGCCUGUUCUAUGCUCUGUUCUAUAAGGCCACCUUGGGGUAUGCAAGAGUGUUCCCAAGAUCUCUGAGGAGGCUUAUAGAAUUUGUAUUUUUAUUAAAGGCUGUCUUAUCAUUUUUUGUGCUUGUGUAUGUGCACAUGAAUUUCUCUCGAAUGCCAGCCAAUUGUUUAGACCAUGUUAAAGACGUAUGGCCUAGAGACGGUAUACUCCGAGUGGAGAUUAUUCGAGGUUUUCAACGUAUCCAUGCAGAACAAACAGGCACGAUAAACGAUUUAUUCACAGUAGAAAAAUCAUAUGAACGUGAAUAUAAACUAAAACGUAUGGAUUCAAGUGAAGAAUCAUUGUUCAACCGCUUUAUUAAAACUAAUAGUCCUGAGAACAAAGAAGAGGUUGAUAUUGAACCAUCAACAGAAGAGUUAGUUGAAAAUAAAUUUAGAGAGACAAACACCCCAAAACCUACCUUAUUCAACUACUUAUCAUUUACAAAUUACAUAAACUUUGAAGAUGAGAAAAAAGAAAUGUUUAGCAGUACCACUAAGACGAAUCGGCAUACCACCAGUAAAUCAAAUUUUUCGACAGUAGAAGACUCAGCAGAAUUUCGUUCCACCAAGUAUCCAAAUAGUUCUAUUAGAGGUGUAUUGGGAAUUGAUUCAUUACUCACUUCUACAAGUACCAAAUUACCUUCGAUCGACGACAGUGAAGUAAUAUAUUACGAAAAUUACAUUGUUGAAUAUUCAUUGGAGUACGGGUUCUUGCGUUUAUCGCCCAGUGCCAGAAAUCGGUUAGGCAUUCCUGUAAUGCUAGUAGCCCUAGAGCCUACUCUGAAUAAGUGUUUUGGCGAUUCGGUGGGUCAGUUUUUCUUGGAGUAUUUCCUUGGCUACGAUGACUUACUGAUGUCCUCUGUUAAAUCACUGGCUGAAAACGAACAAAACAAAGGAUUUCUGAGAAACGUCAUUACUGGAGAACAUUACAGAUUCGUGAGCAUUUGGAUGGCCAGAACGUCUUACAUUGCAUCAUUCUUCAUAAUGGUAGUGUUUACUGUAUCGAUUUCAAUGCUCUUGAGGUAUUCACACCAUCAGAUAUUUGUAUUCAUAGUGGAUUUGCUGCAGCUAUUAGAUUUUCACGGCUCGCUCUCUUUUCCGGCGGCGCCACUUUUGACCGUCAUACUGGCUCUGGUCGGCAUGGAGGCCAUAAUGUCGGAAUUUUUCAACGACACCACCACUGCGUUUUACAUCAUAUUGAUCGUCUGGGUAGCUGAUCAAUACGACACCAUAUGCAGCCAUUGUCCGAUCACGAAAAGGCAUUGGCUAAAGUUUUUCUAUCUGUACCACUUUUCGUUCUACGCUUACCACUAUCGGUUCAACGGUCAGUAUAGCAAUUUGGCUCUCAUUUGUUCGUGGUUCUUUAUUCAGCAUUCCAUGAUUUACUUUUAUCACCACUACGAGCUGCCGUAUGUGCUGCAGCAAGCUCAACUGCAGCAGGUGAUCAUCCAGCGGCAACAGCAACAGCACCAGCAGCAGCACCAGCAGCAGCAGCAUCAGCAACAGCAUCAGCAACAGCACCAACCGACCGGCGGGGAUUCCUUGCGGCCGGAAGGCAGAAGUCCGGUGGAGGUAACCAUCAGACCGGUCCAGCAUUUCAGCCUGAUGAACGGACUGAAUAACCUGGGCCGUUUGCGGGCAGUGCUGUUGCGUCGGCGAAGGGUGAGGACUUUCGAGCCGCCGCCGCCACCGACCCCGCCGCCGCCCCCAACUACCCAACAGAACACGUCUCCACAGCCUCCACGGACGCCCGACGUGACCGGAAGUGCCGGUCCGGAAAAUGUUACGGCAGCGGCGCCAACUGUCGCAAUGCAAUAG